UAAAUAGAGAAAUUCACAGCUAAACUAAAGGUAUAUACUCUCAAGAAAAAUGGGUUUGAGGGAGUGCAAUGUAGAAGACAAGAAUCUAUGCCUUCAAACCCCAAAUUUCAUUGAAUGGCUCAAACCACCUUCAUCAGUAUCAUUAUCUCCUACUUCUUUGACAAAGCAUGGAGUUAUCAGGGAAACUAUUCAGUUUUUGCCAAAUUCAAGUGAGUUCAUCCAUAGAAAGCACUUGGAGGAAGACCAUGAAGUUUUUGAAGUAAAACAAGAGAAGGUGGAACAGGUGACUGUGUCUUUGCACAUUGGAUUGCCUAACACAGGAUGUUCUGAUGAGAAGAAGAGUGUUUUUUAUCAUGUUAAGGAAGAAGAAGAACCCGUGAAGAAAACCUUACAUGAUGAGUGUUCUUUUAACCAAGAGAGAAGGUUUUGGAUACCAACUCCUGCACAGAUCCUUGUUGGUCCCAUGCAGUUUUCUUGCUCCAUAUGCAGCAAGACCUUCAAUAGAUACAACAAUAUGCAGAUGCAUAUGUGGGGGCAUGGAUCUGAAUUUAGAAAAGGACCAGACUCCCUCAGAGGAACACAACCAGCUGCUAUGCUAAGGCUACCAUGCUAUUGUUGUGCCCAGGGUUGCAAGAACAACAUCAAUCAUCCAAGAGCCAAGCCCUUGAAGGACUUCAGAACGCUCCAAACCCACUACAAAAGAAAGCAUGGAGCAAAACCAUUCAUGUGCAGAAAAUGUGCUAAAAAUUUUGCAGUUAAAGGGGAUUGGAGGACUCAUGAGAAGAACUGUGGCAAAUUGUGGUAUUGCACUUGUGGUUCAGAUUUCAAGCACAAGAGAUCUCUUAAAGAUCACAUUAGAUCCUUUGGAAAAGGUCACUCCCCACAUCCUUCUCUUGAAGGCUUUGACGACGAGAGAGAAUGCGUUACCGGAUCCGAUGAGGAUGAAGUUGCUCAUGCAUGAUCAUGAUCUAACAUGCUAUAUAGCAUUCCUUCACCACAAUAAUUAUAAAGAGUAGUAGUAACUUUUACAGACUUGUGCUCCUUGCUCAGUGAUCCGGGAUCCGGCUUGGCUGCAGUCAAUUUCUGGUGUAGUUGACUGCAGCGACUACACCAAAAAUUGACUGCAAAGAAUCCAUUUCCGGUGGUAAUAUGCUAGCUUGAAUUAUCGAGGUAAGAGUUUUCUCUGUAUUUAAUUAAUAAGAUGGUAGUUAUACCUCAAGUGAUGAAGCAUGUGAAUUUUUUCUCAUAGCUAGGAACGGAAAGAAGGUGUUACAUGAUGUUAAAUUAUUGUAACCGUCUCAAUAGUGGAGAAAAUUUAUCCGCUUCAUUACUAAAAGGUAGUCCUCAUCAAUCUAGGACUUCAGUUCUGUAACUUCUGUUGUUGAAAUCUUUAUAACACUUUAAUGACAUUUUACUACUACGGCUUAUAUUGA